CCACAACAGUGGAUGUCCUGUGAAGGGAGCUACUACAUCUCGACAUGUUCUGUUCAGACUUAGGGAUGCAAGCCCCAAAACUCUCCCUUUCCCCUUGUUCUCCACCUUCAUCCCACGUCCACUUCUGAGACAUGCUUAGCUCACUCAAGACCGAUGGAGGAGGAGCUCAAGAUACCCACCUUCAUCCCGAUCCUCACCAUCCGAAUCCUGAACCUGGCCUGAUCUCCUCGACUGUCAAUGCACGGCAAUUACUGAUCAGCUGUGCCGAGCUCGUCCACUGCGGCGACCUCCCCGCUGCUGAACGUGCGAUCUCCAUCCUCACCGCAGCAGCAGCCCCCUAUGGCGACUCCAUCGACCGCCUCAUCCGCCAGUUCUGCCGUGCCCUCUCUGUACGCAUUGGCAGGGUUUCUCCUUCCGCCGCCUCCUUGGGGUCCCUCCAAUCAUCCUACUUGUUGUUCAAUCAGAUGACCCCAUUCCUCCGCUUCUCGCACCUCACUGCAAACCAGGCCAUCCUUGAGGCUGUGGAUGGCCACCGCCACAUCCACAUCCUCGACUUCGACACCUACUACGGCCUGCAGUGGCCGCCCCUCCUCCAGGCCAUCGCCGACCGCUCUGACCCUGGUGAUCCUCCCUUCAUCCGUAUCUCUGGCACCGGAAGCAGCCUCGAAACCCUCCAACGCACCGGUGACCGGCUUCGAAAUUUCGCCCACUCUUUGGGCCUAGAAUUCCAGUUCCACCCUCUUCUCCUCCCUCCUUCCGUUCACUCCACUAACACCAGUUACAAUUUCACCCCAUCUUGUUUACAAUUCCAUCCCAGCGAGACUCUUGUAGUGAACUGUGUGCUGUUCUUGCACAAGCUACAGAGAGAGGACGGAAAUGACGACGGAUCUCGGAAGCUGCAGGCAUUUCUUCGAACUAUACGAGUGAUGAACCCAUCGGUGGUCACGGUGGCAGAGAGAGAAACAGUACACAGCUCGCGGAGCUUCAUGCAGAGGUUCGUGGAGGCCCUGGACUACUACACGGCAGUGUUCGAGGCAUUGGAGGCGACGCUGCCUCCGACAAGCGAGGAGAGAAUGGCGGUGGAGCAGGUGUGGCUGGGGCGGGAGAUCGAAAGCAUCGUGGGUGGGGAGGGCGACGGGCGGAGGGAGCGGCACGAGCGGUGGGAUAGUCUAAUGCGCGAUGCCGGAUUCUCGAGUCUCGCUCCCAGCACCUUCGCCGUGUCGCAGGCGCGGCUGCUGCUCCGCUUGCAUUAUCCUUCAGAAGGGUAUCAGCUCCAACUGGUGAGGGAUUCCUUUCUCUUGGGUUGGCACAGCAGGCACCUCUUCUCUGUGUCUUCUUGGCACUAA